GAGAGCGAGAGAGAGUGUGCGGCGUGAGGCAGAGAGAUAAAUAAAUCCGAAUUCGGCCAAACUUCUCUCUCUCCCUCUCCCUUCCCCCCGUUCCAUUACAUACAUACAUCCAUCCUUCCUCUCCUCUCAUCACCACCCUCCAACCUCCCCCCGUCUUUCUCCCUCUCCUCUCCUGGUCUUUGCCAGAUUUUCCUCCACCCAUUCUCUCCCCGCUCCUCUCCUCUCCACCCGCAUCGAUCUCUCCGAAUUCCGUCCCUCCCUCUCCGCCCAUCUUCCUCCAGGGAAGGGAUUGAUUGGUUCUUCCUCCGUUUCCUGGGCCGAUUCUUCCUCCCUCUCCUCGCUCCAGAGGAUCGGCAGGAAUCAAGACGGUGGAUGCGAACGAGUUUGAUCUCCGCUUGGAUUGUGCUUCUCGCGAGGCGUUGAAAAUCUUCUCGGUCACACUUGAAUUGCUGGUGAAGAGGUGAACAGCAUCUGACAUGCUAUUGCUGCAGAACAAUCUGUAGAAGGACACCCCUUUACCCUUUCGAUAAUGCAAGGGCAGAGGAAUUCUGUCGAACAGCUAGCUGACGUCUUCGGGUUUGAUCAUGGGUCUGGUUCAGGCAACCCUGUCAUGGACCAGCAGGCGUACUGGAACAACAUGCUUGGAGCAGCAGACUCGCAGAACCUCCAAGGUUAUGAGAUGAACCGCGGCGACGGGGCCAUUCCGUAUAGAAGCGAGGCACAUCAAGAUGGCCAGUUCUUAGGCUUUUGGGGGUCAGGUGAAGCUAGUUCAAGCGGCAAUGCGCUGAACUAUGGGAGCUCUAACGCGAUCAAAGCUGAGCAUCUGAACAUUGGUGGUGGUUUGAGGAUUGGCGAGAGGCGCCUGGCUGCUGAACACAACCUUUCUCUGGAUAAUGUGGACAUAAGCCUUAAUAAUGCCAGUAGCCAUGAUCUAUUCGGUCAGAGUUCAAAUGCCAACAGCGCCUCUCAAGGCAAACAGCAACAUGCUGGCAGUUCCCGUGCUGAUGCCACCGCCCAGGCCACGGAGCUAAGAUUGCAUCCUUACAGAGCUUUCGUUUUAGACGACGAGCAGCCAGAGCCGUUCCCUUCUAUGAAUGCUUUCCAAAAUCCUUUGGGUAAUUUUCCCCUGAUGCCAGAGGACAUGGAUCAAAGACCAGGCAGUUCCCUGGAUGGUCGUCGUUUAGCUUGCAAGAGGAAAAACAUUGAGGGUGUCCAUGGGCAAUUUUCAGCAGGUGCUAGCACAAGUUUUUCCCACAGAAACGAUAAUGCCUUCCAUGGUAUUCCUUCUUCAAGUUUCAAUCCAGCUCCUGGUCCAAAUGUAUCCUCUCAUAACUUUUUGUUAGCUCCAAGUUCCAUUGAGGAACAACUCUCGCAUUAUGGAGCUGCUACAGGAAUGCCAUCUAGUAGCUACAAUCAUCCCAGUGGAGGCAAUAAUAAUUCAGGAAAUUCAGAGAGAAGUUUUCGGGCAAGAACUGCCACCGCUCAGCAGGUUAGCCCCUAUGGUGUAUGGCCCUCUUCAGGUUCUAUCAGGCAACCUGGUUCAUGGUAUCACCAGGCACCUGCUUUUCAGCGCGCAUUUGAUGAACUAGAAGAGUCUAUGCCUGUGGUCAGUGGAAUCAACUUGCAAUACCAGCAUCCUGGAAAUGUAGUCCCUGGUAUUCCACAAACCGCACACCGUUUCACUGGCCAUGGAGCUUCAUCAUCAAGAGCUGGCAGUUUGGACAACAUAAUUCUUGGUAGAGAGGAAGUUACUGGGAGGAAUCUUGUAGCUCCCAGCUACCCUAAUGCAUCAGCCCCUCUUGCUGCAGUAGACAUGAGACAUUUGGUGCCAGAAUUGUCUAACUGGAAUUCUGACAAUCCUGGUGCUACCAUCCCUGGAAAUGUGUCUUCUGUAUCAAGAGCUAAUGCCAGUUCAACGAUUAGUCGACCAGCAGGCUCAACAUCUCUCGCUCAUCAGAACCUGCAUCGACGGCAUCCUAGAAAUUUAUCAGAGGAGAUAGGCCGUCUAUCUGGAGCGCUUCGUGGUCCUCAGCACCCGCGCUUAAGGUCAGGGUUUCUAUUGGAACGUCAAGGUGAUGGUGUUUGGGGUGUUCCAUUACCGAUGAGGAAUAGUAGGGAGGGAAGAAGAUUAAUGGAGAUACGGAAUGCACUAGAAAUGAUUCAGAGAGGGGAGAAUGUCAGAUUUGAGCAGUCUAUUUUCUAUGGCGGUGUCGAGAUUCAUGAUAGACACAGGGAUAUGCGUCUUGACAUAGACAAUAUGUCUUAUGAGGAACUAUUAGCACUGGAGGAAAGAAUAGGAAAUGUUAGCACUGGGCUCACCGAGAACGAUGUGAUGAAGCUCCUGAAGCAAAGGAAAUUCUCGUCAUGGAGAUUAUCAUCUAUGGAAUGUGAGCCAUGUUGUAUUUGUCAGGAGGAAUAUGUGGACGGAGAUGAUCUUGGGACGCUUCACUGCGGGCACGACUUCCAUGCGAGCUGCAUCAGGCAAUGGCUGGUGGUGAAGAACCUGUGUCCGAUCUGCAAGAACACCGCCCUGAAGACCUAAGGCAGCAGCAGAGAGCAGCAAGGCUCGUCGUGGGUGGCGCCGAUGUCCGUUCAACCAAUUGCAAGAUCAUUUUAUUGAUUCAUAAUACCGCACUUUUUUGGCCAAAGGGUUUUUGCAUUCACCUACAGUUUGAUUAAAAAAAAUCCAAACUUGAAAAAAAGUUUGAAAACUGGUCAUGGUUCGAAAACAAAAAGAAGGGUUCAAAACUGGUACUAUCUGUAAGCCGCCUGCGCGGCAAAUAAUCCCUUGGAUCUGUGUCUAGUACUCAUUUGACUAAAUAUUGAUGGAUGCAUGGCAUGAUGGAUGCUAGUUUAAA